AACUUCUUCCUCAAUUUUUUAAAAACAUAAUAAUUCCGCAGUAAAAAAUAAAAAUUUUUUUUACUCUCAUUUUUAUUAAUAUGGAAGAUAGUAGAAAUAUACAAAUAGCCGAAAAUAGGUUUCCUUAUGGAACUGGUGAAGAACAUAGAUUUUUACAUUUUACAUAUACACAUUAUUUUCAAUAUUGUGAAAGUCUUUUUACUUCUUUUUUUCUGGACCUCAAGUAGAAGUUCAAAAUAAUAUUUUAAAAGCAAAUUUUGGUCUAUCAAAUGAAGAAAUACUCAGUUGGGAGAAUAGAGCCGCUCACUAUAAAAUAACACCUCAAAGUUUUUCUUUUUUUUUACAUGUUGCUAUGUAUUCUGCUUCUCAGGGUUUUAAUGCAGUAUACUCUGGAAUAAAAGAGCGCAGCAAAGGAAGAAAGCAAAUGUUACGUUUAGUGAGAAAGCAUGACGAAAAGACUAAAAAGAGCAAGAAGGCUAAAAAAAAUAAGAAGAAAAAAUACCAAUCUGAAGAUUCCGAUUCUAAUGUGCUUACAAAUGUAAGUACUAGUGGAAUAAUGAGAAAUACUAAUGAUGAUGAUGAUCAAUUGGGUGUUGAUCAAAAUGUAAUUAUAAAUCGGUCAAUUGCGGAUGCCUCUGGAUCACAAUCACAUGUUAAUCAACAUAUUGAUAUGGAAAUCUCAACAGUACAACUUAUUUCUGAACUGGAUGUAAUGCCUCAGCCGCAGCUUAUAAAACAACCAGUUGACAAUUCAUCUAAUUUGACAAAAUCUUUGAAUAAAAAAAAGAAGUCAAAUAAAAAUAUUAUUUAACAAGUUAUUAUAGGUCAUAAACCAGAUGAUGAUGGUACAUCACGGAUUAGAAAUAUAUUGGUUUAUGAUAUUCCAGUAUCCUUGACACCAGAAGAAAUUCUGCAACAGUUAACUCUGUGGGAAAAGACUAUCUUGUUACAAACGAAACAAUAAAAGAAAUACCAGACAGUUCGUUUGAAGAUAGAAUUAACUUCCUUUUGUCUAACCCAGUUUGAAGGUAAUGAUGAUCCAGUUUGG